AUGGAAAAUUGCAGUGGUGGAGGAGUGGUGUCAUACUCAGAAUCACGAUCUGAUGCCAAAUCUCAUGCUCCUAGAGUUGAUACUAAUAAGCCCAAGAAAAAGAGAGUGGUGGUUCUUGGAACAGGAUGGGCUGCUACCAGUUUCCUUAAGGAUCUCGAUGCUGCCUUAUACGAUGUUCAGGUUGUUUGCCCACGUAACUACUUUGCAUUCACGCCUUUAUUACCCAGUGUCACUCGUGGGACAGUGGAAGCUAGGAGCAUUGUGGAGCCAAGAAAGGGAGAAAUUAAAUUUUGGGAGGCAGAAUGCCUGAAGAUCGACUCUGCAAAGAAACAGUCUGCUGCUAAGCCAAAAAUGUACCGUGUCAUCUCCCAGGAGAUAGAGGAUGCUCAGAAGAUCAGACAGUCGGUGAUAGAUUGCUUUGAGAAGUCUGUGCUUCCAUCUCUGUCUGACGAAGAACGAAGGACAAAUCUGCAUUUUAUAGUUGUUGGAGGGGGUCCAACAGAUAUAGUGAAGAUAACAGUGAUUCAAUCAGGAGAUCACAUCUUGAACACGUUUGAUACAAGAAUUACUUCAUUUGGCGAGCUUAAGUUUGGAAGAGAUGGUAUAGAAAUUAAAACAGGAUGUCGAGUUGUCAAUAUUAAUGACAAGGAAAUCACAGUAAAAGUGAAAUCAACAGGAGAGUUGAGUUCUCUACCCCAUGGAUUGGUUGUCUGGUCCACUGGAAUUGCAACUCGUCCAGUUGUGAGAGAUUUUAUGGAACAAAUUGGUCAGAAUGAUGCCAAAGGAAAUGAUAGGGAAGAAACAGACAUGGAAGAGUUUAGGAUGGCCCUUUGUCAUGUGGAUUUGCAGAUGAAGAGCCUGCCAGCUAACUGCACAGGUAAGUUAUACACAUGUGGAUUCACCAGAAACUCAAAGCUUGCUAUUGCACACGUUGCUUCACAACAGGGUGCAUAUCUGGCUAGUUGCUUUAACCGUAGGGAUCAGUGUGCAGAGCAGCCUGAAGGUCCUCUAAGAUUUGGAAAAUCUGGACGCCAAAAGUUUCGUCCCUUCAGGUAUAAGCAUUUUGGGCAAUUUGCUUCCCUUGGUGGGGAGCAAGCAGCCGCAGAACUUCCUGGAGACUGGCAAGCAAGUGAGCUGGCGCACAAGAGUGAUAGUCAUUUCAGAUUGGACAAGAAGAUUCAUAUUUGGGAGAGAUUGAAGUUAAUCUCUUUGCCCCUCCUUCCAUUGGAGACAUCUCUAUUUGAUGAUAAAAUUCAACAAAUGCAUCAACAAAUUAGCUAA